AACUUAUUCUGCAACAAAAGUCCUCCUCAUGCAUCGUUCCAUAAAUCCACUUUCCCUCACUUUAUCUGAUGCGGCUCUUUUUAUAAUUGUUCUAUAACCUGUUUAUUUACAUUAUACAGAUGUCAUGUCAAAAGUCACUGUAAUUUAAGUGUUUGGGUGUAGCUUUGUGUUGAAUUGCCUCACCCAUCAUCAUCAUCACUAGUGUGAGAUCAUCCAGACAAACAAGAAAUCCCUUCAUUUCCCUUAUCACGGAGGAAUGCUUGACAUUAAAACGGUUCAGGGAAUCCUAUCUGGUCAGGGAGGGUUGCCGUUUUUCCAGGCCCUGCAGGAAUAGCACAUUUGUGUGCAUAAAGCAGGAAAAAUGAGUACAGGGAAGCCGAGUGGUCUCAAACCACCCACCAAGAUUGGUAAACCAGCUGCGGCGCCAACCAAAACCUCGCCCACCUCAGCUGGCGCCAAGGAUGUAAAAUCUCCGACCUCCAAUACCGGCCAAGAUGCGCCGUCAGAUUUCACUGUUGGCGAACGUGUUUGGGUCAACGGAAAUAAACCGGGUUAUGUGCAGUUCAUCGGAGGGACCCAGUUUGCUCCGGGCCAGUGGGCAGGAAUAGUUCUCGACGAGCCCAUCGGGAAGAACGAUGGCUCUGUGACUGGAGUGCGCUACUUCCAGUGCGAGGACUUGCGAGGCAUAUUUACUCGGCCCUCCAAACUGUCUCGUACUCCCGUGGCAGAGCGUGAGGCCAAUGGCACGCAGACUCCCACCAACAAGACGUCCGCCUCCCCUGCCAAAGAUCCCGCUCCUGUCACUCAGACCACAAGUGCAACCACCAAGACCUCAACAAACCUAACCAGGGCCACCAGCGAGUCUGCAUCCAAUCUGUCUGAGACGGAUUCAGCCAAGAAGUUACAGCGGGAUCUGAAGUUGGGUGAUCGUGUAUUGGUUGGAGGAACCAAGGCAGGUGUUGUGCGUUUCCUAGGCGAAACUGACUUCGCGAAAGGUGAUUGGUGUGGCGUUGAGCUGGAUGAGCCUCUUGGCAAGAAUGAUGGGGCAGUGGCUGGGGCAAGGUAUUUUCAGUGCCUCCCAAAGUAUGGACUGUUCGCUCCUACGCACAAAGUCACACGCAUCGGAUUCCCGUCCACCACUCCUGCCAAAUCCAAAACCUCCAGGCGCAGGUCAACCCUAAAGAACAGCCCCAGCGCAUCCUCCGUCAGCUCCCUCAGCUCUGUCACCUCCUCAGUAGGAGGCAAACCCAGCCGAGCAGGCCUGCUCACAGAGACGUCGGCACGGUAUGCACGGAAGAUCUCAGGCACCACAGCCCUGCAGGAGGCCCUGAAGGAGAAGCAGCAGCACAUCGAGCAGCUCCUGGCUGAACGGGACCUGGAGAGGACGGAAGUGGCACGAGCCACAAGCCAUGCCGGGGAGGUGCAGCAAGAGCUGGCGCUGCUCAGACAGGGCCAGGAACAGUACUCCCUCGAGAUGGAAGCCAAGUUGGACCAGUUGCGGAGACUUGUGGAGACUGCAGACAGAGAUAAAGUGGAGUUGAUGAAUCAACUGGAAGAGGAAAAAAGAAAAGUGGAGGACCUGCAGUUUCGUGUAGAGGAAGCUUGCAUUACCAAAGGUGACCUAGAGACGCAGACCAAACUGGAGCAUGCCCACAUAAAGGAGCUCGAACAGAGUCUUCUCUUUGAAAAGACCAAAGCAGAUAAACUCCAGAGGGAGUUAGAGGAUACUAGGGUCGCCACAGUGUCCGAGCGCUCCAGGAUCAUGGAGCUGGAAAAGGAGGUGUCCGACCUGCAGCUUCAGCUGAGAACUCUCCGGGCCGAGACCGCCGGAUCAGCCUCGCCUCCAUUACAAGACAAAAAGAUCAAGGAGUUGAACUUUGAGUUGGAGAACAGACAGAAGGAGGUGCUUCUAUUCCAGCAGAAACUCGCCUCCUCUGAACAGGAGAAAACAUCCCUCCAGCAGCAGCUGCAAGAUCUGACAAAGAAGCUUGACACAGCAGCAGAGGACAAUAAUAAAGCAACACAAGCAAUGCAAGCAGAAAUGGAAAGGAACAUGAAAACGGAGAAAGAGAAGCUGGAUCAGGUCUCCAGGGAGAAGGAGGACCUGCAGAGGGAUGUAGCCGCCUGGAAGCAACAGGAACAGGUGAAGGGUGAAGAGAGAGAGUUUCAGAUGAAAGAGCUGAAAGAGAAGUUGGGCCAAACAGAAGGAGAGUUGAGCAGAAUCACAGAGAGGAGCAUUGAGCUGGAACGGCAGGUGGCGGACCUGAAAGCCUACAAAAACCAAACCCAGUCUGAUGAAAAGCUGGAGCAGAUGAUGCAUAAGAAUCAGGAGUUGCAGGUGGAGCUUGAGGCCCUGAAGCAGCAGAACUCUCAGUAUCAGGAGCAGUUGAGUUCAGAAACGCAGCGCAUCGGGAGCCUCCGCAAAGAAAUUGAGGAGCUAAAACUAUCAGCCAAUCAGAAGUCUCAGAGGCAGGUGUCGCUCCAGGACGAAAAAGGGAUGUUGGCUCAGGAGUUGGACGUCUACACGCAGCAGAAGCUUGAUGACGAAGCUCUGACUAGCCAGCUGGAGAUUACAGAGAGGGAGAAUUCCAAUGCAUUGAUGUCCGAUAAAGACAAAGAGCUAGAGACACUACGAAAUGAGAUUGCAGUGCUGCGUGGGGAAAAUGCCAUGGCCAAGACGCUCCAGUCGGCUGUGACGUCUCUAGAGAGGGACAAAGCCCAGCUGCAGAGCCGAGUGAACAGCUUGGAGCAAAAGCUGGAGGGCCGGCAUGCGGGGAACGGAGAGGAAGUCACCUCAGUGGGUGAUGCUGCUUUGGACCAACUGAGAGAAGAGAAAGAGUUUGCUGAGGGACAGAUCAACUUCCUGAACUCAGUGAUUGUGGACCUCCAGAGGAAGAAUGAAGAACUAAAGGUGAAGCUGAAGAAAAUGGCGUUGACCGAGUUCAACGGAAAUGAUGACAAUGACGGUCUUGGUGAGGUCAAAAAGAAGAAGAAAGCCCCACCACGAGUUUUCUGCGACAUCUGCGACUGCUUCGACCUGCACGACACGGAGGACUGUCCCACGCAAACACAAUCCCCAGACUCGCCUCCCCACACCACCUACCACGGCACCCGCAGCGGCGAACGACCGUACUGCGACAUCUGCGAGGCGUUCGGUCACUGGACAGAUUCUUGCAACGAUGACCAAACCUUCUGAACUCCCCCUCAACCCCUCCGCCUGUGAGCAGGCUAUGCACAGAUUGCUUUCAACCAGAUUAUUCGCUAUUUUUCUACACAGCGUAUAUACAUUCGAACCUCUUGUACAUUCCCUUGAACGUAUCCGCCCAUAUGAAGGCUAAGGUAUGCUGCAUUGAUGGAAUUUGAAUUAUGAAGAUGAGAGGUAUUUCAGUGUGUUAUUAUUAAUACCGUUUUGUGUGUUUCAUAAGUUUUUCAUUGUCUUGAGUGGAUUGAUCCAUUGACAAAUUACCAGCAAGAAAAUUGGGAACGGUUUAGCAAUACUUUGCCGUGUAUUUAAAGCUGCUGUGUGUAAUUUCUACACCACUAGAGGCACAAAAUCACAAAAAUAAUGAUCCAAACAGGUUUCCAAAACACUCCCAUUCUUCCAUUGUAGCUCCGCCCCAAACUCGCGCCAUUGGUUGAGUCAGAAGUUGACAUUUCAGACCACUCAAACAAACACAGCGAUGUUUUGAAAGAGCCUUCGGAAUGGUAUACUAGCACACUGCAUACUGCAAACUAGUGUUGCCAAAAGUACCGAGUCGGUACUGAAAUUUAAAAAAUGUGACGCUUGGAGCGCUGUUGAGCUGAUUCGUAAACACCUGAUUGUGUUCACGCGCUCAUCAGAUAUAUCUGUGAUUGGCUACAAUGAUCAAUGCUUCAAAAACAUGUCGUAAAUAGACAUCAAUGCGCUUACACAGAUACACACGGGAGCUCCCGCUUUCAAAUUCAAACACUUCGGCGUGCUUUCAAACGCUCCCGCACGUUGACCAUUGUAGCCAAUAACAGACUUAUUUUGAGCGUGUGAACACAAUGGCCAAUCAGCCGCUCAACAGCACUCAAAGGGUCACAUUUUUAAAAUUUCAGUAUCGACUUGGUAUCAAAGUCAGUACUUUUGACAACACUACUGCAAAAUGCUCACUAUACUCUGAAUAUGGCCUACUAUUUUUUUUUAAAAGAAUAUGAAACGGUACACAUUAUGCAACAAUAAAUAAUAAGCCAAGAAAAUGUUGUUAAAAAUCAUAGCUUCUAGUUUUUCGUCCCACAUAAAAUUGACUCCAGCCGAGCACAUUGCAUUAUGGGAUAUAUACUGCACAUUUACACCUGGGCAUUCUAAGCAUACAGACAUUAUACAUACUAUGCACAGCAUAAAUACUAUACACUACAGAAACAUUACUUGUAGUAUGCUAUUCCGAACAUAGCCAACGUUUGGUAACUCACACUACGAAUGGUUUACUAGCAGUUUAUCUGCACAUUAAACCAGGAUAGACGAUUUUAACGAAUAAAAAAUACACACUUCAGCUUAAAGAACUCAUGACGGACUGUUAUCACAGACACAAAACCGUAUGACCAGUGCACCAAACUAAGCUGAAGCUAACCACUAUUAACUUAUUGCACUUCUCACUUUAAAUGUAUACAGCACAUGAGUUUAACUGCCAUUCUUUGAAACUAAGUUAUUCUUUUUACUGUUAAAUGUCAGGCAUAUAGUCAUGAUAUUGUCAUAUGAAUGGCUUUUUAUGUGUAUUUUUGAUGUUAUGUCCUGUAGAUUUCAGGCCUAUUCACACCAAGUCGGCAAGAUUUUAAGAUUAACCUUUUAGUUUUGUAUAUACGGACACAAGAUUGAUUUAUUUAAAUUGAUCAAAUGCCGUUUCUUCAGGUAUCCAAACUUUUCAGACAAAACAGUUUUGGUGCAAAAAAAUGGUUUGCAAAUAUUUUAUACUUUCAUGUAUUUUAGUCACUUUAAACUUGGUGUGAACAGACCCUUUACAAGCACAACUUUUAAGCACAAAAACAUAUUGUAUCUCUUGUUAUUGAUGUAAUAUUAACAACCAAGUUUAUUUAGCAACCUAAUAAACUGCAAGUGUUAGAAUCGGUAACCUGCAAUGAACUGGUGCACAAGAUUAUAUUAAAUAUGUAUAAUAAUCAUGAUUAUUCCCCUUUUGUUUAAAUGAAUACAAUUUUGCAUUAAGUGCAAAUAUAUGGUCUGUUUCUACUGAAAUAUUGUGACAGUCUUUAACUAUUGUACUGUUUAAUGUACUGUAUAUUCACCUGAACUCAAUACAAACAUUGAACAAA